CAGGGUAGUCAGGAGGGUUUUCCUUUCUACCACAGACAACAGAGAAAGGCCAGGGUUAGAACUCUGAGGCACAAGAUUGUUCUCCUAGCUUUGGAAUCUCAGACAAGCCACUUCGGUUCUGGCGGGUUCCCUCAGGGGUGCGGUGGCCUCAAAGGCAAAGGAGCCCCUUGCGGAUCAACACCCCUGCCUCCCGUGCGCUCCCAAGCCAGCUCCCAGGCUAGCACACCUCCCGCGGUCGGAGACCGCUCGAGCGGAAGCGGCGGCGUGUCCGUCGGUCCGUCCUUCCGGCCCGCCGUCCGCCAACUUCCGGCGGCGGGUGGGCGCGCGCCAGGUAACGACCUUCGGCGCCAAGGCUCGGCCGGCGGCGGCGUGUGGAUGGAGGCCUUGGCCCCGGGCCGGGCUCCGCGGGGCCGGCGGCGGGCCGGGACUGAGGGCUCCGCGCUCUCGGCGCUGUCGGUGGCCGCCGUCCUGCUCUCCGCCUUGCUGCGGGCGCCCCCUGCAGUUGGAUAUUUGGCUCGAUUGCCAAGAAGUUUUCGCUUGACUCAAGAUUCACUGAAAAUAGUUGGCUCAUCACAUUUUCCCGUGAGCGUAUAUGUCAUGCUCCAUCAAAAGAGUCCACAUGUGCUUUGUGUAACUCAACGACUGAGAAACACUGAACUGGUAGACCCAUCAUUCCAAUGGCAUGGGCCAAAAGGAAAAAUUGUUUCAGAAAACAGCACUGCAAAAGUGACAUCCACAGGAAGUCUCAUAUUUCAGAACUUUGAGGAGACCAUGACUGGGGUUUAUACAUGUUUCCUUGGGUACAAGCCGACUGUGGAAGAAACUGUUAAAAAUGUUCAACUGAAAUACCUUGUUUAUGCUUAUCGUGAACCUCAUUUUUAUUACCAGUUCACAGCACGGUACCACGCGGCUCCCUGCAAUAGUAUUUAUAACAUUUCUUUUGAGAAGAAACUUCUUCAGAUUUUAAGUAAACUGGUUCUUGACCUUUCCUGUGAGAUUUCCUUGCUGAAAUCUGAAUGCCACCGUGUUAAAAUGCAGAGAGCUGGUCUGCAAAAUGAAUUAUUCUUCACAUUUUCAGUUUCACCUAUAGACACUGAAAAAGGACCCAAGCCAUGUACAGACCAUAAUUGUGAAUCUUCCAAAAGAUUAUCUAAGGCUAAAAAUCUCAUAGAGAGAUUUUUUUAUCAGCAAGUAGAAGUCCUGGGCAAACGUAUGGAGCCACUGCCUGAAAUAUACUACAUUGAAGGAACCCUUCAAAUGGUGUGGGUUAACCGCUGCUAUCCCGGUUAUGGGAUAAAUGUCCUGAAACAUCCAAAGUGCCCUGAGUGCUGUGUGAUUUGCAGCCCUGGAUCCUACAAUCCCCGGGAUGGAACUCAUUGCCUCCAAUGCAACAGCAGCCUGGUGUAUGGAGCGAAGGCUUGCAUAUAGGCCACUGCCUCGUGUGACCCAGUGGUUUAUUAAAUACAAAAGUAUAUUUUCGAAGUGCUAAAUUAUAAUAAAUCACUAUUUGCCAAAAUUAAAUAAUCAGAAUUUACAAAGCUCUGGUGUCCUCUUUCAACCCAGUACUAUAUGUAUCAUCUUUUUUGACUAACACUAGAGCUGCAUUUGACACCAGAUAGCUCCUGUGUCACUGCGUUUUAAAAACUGUUUCGAAUGUUCUGUAUUGGGUGAUGUUAAUGAUUUUUUCCAGGAAUUUAAAAAGUGUCCCAUUUUAUCUUGGCUAUGUAUCACCUAGAUUCAUGUCGUCAUAUUCUGUUAUAAGAGCUUUAAUUUAAUCUUAAAGAAUUUUAACUAUUUGAGCUCAGCCUGUGACAGCUUAGAUCCAUUUUCAAAAAUAUG